AUGCCAUCUUAUAAUGUCGGAAUUGUUGGUGCUGGAAUUGCCGGGUUAUAUACCGCGCUUCUCUUACAACGUGAAGGACAUUCGGUCCAUAUUUUCGAGGCUACUAAUCGCAUCGGUGGCCGCGUGUACACUCACUACUUCACGGCAGCCGAGAAUCAAUACUACGAAGCUGGCGCUAUGCGUAUCCCUGACAUCGAGUCUCAUGGAGUGGUAUUCUCGCUAAUCAAAUACUUAAACGGUCACAAGAAUGUCCCAGCCAGAAUGGACAUCCGGUUAAUUGAUUAUGUUUACCGCCAUGAGAAUAAUGACAUGUACUUCAACUCUUCGACAGUUCAAGGCGAGGUAAUGACUCUCACGCCUCUCACUGCUGGCUGGAUAAGUGUACCGGAAAGCUACAAAACCAAAAAUGCUGGAGAGUUACUUGAUGAAGCAUUUUGCGGACUAUCGCACGGCGAGAAUGACAGUUUUGAUCGUGCAAUUUCUCGAAUCGUAAGAGAAUAUGAUCACUGCACUUUUCGCCACUUCCUUAUCUCUGUCAAACAUUGGCCUCCAUCGGUUAUCGAUUUCGUCGAAGCAACGGUCUUUCAACCUAACGAGUUCUCUCUCAGUGUCCCUGAGAUCUACAUGAGAUUACAGGAGUUCAAAGCCGGCAAAUGGAAGACAAUCAAUCAAGGAAUGAGUCGACUGCCAGAAGCAAUGGCUUGGCUAGUUGGGUACCAAAACAUCACGAUCGGGGCACAGGUGACGCAGGUGAUCACACUCAACGACAAACGCAUACGGAUCAAGGCUGUAGGUCAUGAUGGCAUUAUUGAUGCAGAGUUUGACCGUCUGGUCCUUGCUAUACCUCCAGCUGCUUUGCAGAGGAUAGCAAACCGCCCUACAUGGAGCCUGGAAAAGGAAACGGCAAUACGCUCACUCCAACUGGAGCCACUGUAUAAGAUGGGUUUGCGUUUCAAAACCAGAUUCUGGGAAGAUGUUUCUUGUGGAGGCAACUUCGGAGGGCAAACUAACACUGACUUGCCUAUCAGGUGGCUUGUUUUCCCAUCUCACGGGAUAGGAGAAAGCGAACCAGGGGUCUUACUUGUAUACGGUUGGAUGACAGACGCAGCUAACUGGUUUCCUCUCGAUCCAAUACAGCGUCGCGCGCUGGCAUUAGAAUGCAUUGCAAAAAUGUUUCAAGGCAAACGUGACCGGACUGGUGCUGAAAUUAAUGUCCAUGAGCUUUUAAUCGAGUCUUCAGACACAAUAUGGUCUGAACAAACAGCGACAGGAGCCACUAUGUUCCGGCCAGGCCAGCUUACAAGACACUUUGCUGAAGCCAGCCGACCCGAAGGGAAUAUCUUUUUUGCUGGUGAACACCUCUCCUACCAUCACACUUGGAUAGCUGGCGCCAUCCAUUCAGGAAUCCAAGCAGCAAGGGAUCUUCUUGAUAUUAACGUGCAGCCUUUGGAUCCGGGACUCUUAAGUGAGAAUCAGAAGGGGAUAGAUGUAAAGGAUAUCGCGAAAGCCAAGUUCAAACUUAACCCCAAUGCCUUGUUGAAUCUCAGCUUCAGAAAAAACAUUUCAGAGUGCAAUUGUCCAGAAGGGUCUUCAGAAUUGAUUGCAUCAAAGGGACAUCAAUCAGCUCUCGGGCCUAUAGUAACAAACUUAGAAGCAUAA